CCUCGUUCGUAAAUAAGAACAAGCGUAGUUUCCCUAUCUCACACCGCACACCACGAAUUUUUAAAGUAAACAACCCGCGUGCUACCCCGCUUAACCCGUACCUUCGUUGGUCUAGUACCUACCUCAUCCAGCUCAUUCCUAGUUUUCGUGCCGUACAUUACGUAAGUGCCGCGUUAAAUUCACGUUUGGUGUUGUAUAGUGUAUUUUGUUUGGUUUUAAUCAUGUCGAAUAGGAAAAGAUGUUACAGUUCUGAUUCCGAUAGUGAUGAUUUUAUUAAGUGGAAAAUUUCCAAAUUACAAAAGCGCUUGGCGACUAAGUCUAAAUCAAAAGGCAAGAGAUCCAUCUCUCCAUCUCCCUCGAUCCAGUCGGGAUCGACAUCGUACCAAGACCAGGAUGGUUUUGUUUCUCCGGUGUUGCCGGAUGAAGACGACGUCCCUUUAUCUGUUCUCGCAGCCAGUAUUAACGCAGACUCAAACGAUCUUGGUACAAACACUUUCAGAGAAGAGAGGACUUCAACCCUAGAUCCCAAUAUCUUAGCCCUUCUGGGAAUUGAUAAACCAGCUGGGGAAUCACUAGGGCCAGACAUUCAUGUUGACUUGGCUAGUAGGUGGUCCCUUGUUCUUAGCAACGGUCUAAGCGAGGAUUCUGUAAAUACUUUAUUAAAGAAAUAUCCACCUGCUGGUAACUGUCCCCUUUUAAAAGGCCCUCGUUUAAAUCCGGAGAUCGCCGCUGUUGUUAAUGAGCAGGUCUCUCGAAGAGACUCUAAUUUUAAUAAUCUUCAAAAUCAGAUUGGUGCUGCCCUUUCUGCAUUGGGACAGCUAACGACAGCCCUGGUCUCAGAAGAGGGGGGGGCUAAGCUUUCUUAUGUUGAAUUG